UUAACUUAUUAUAAUUCAAAAAACUUUUCCUUUCAUGCUUUUUAUGCAUUUCAUGCAGAGCUUUCCAAUUUUCCAAAAUAUUUCAUACUGAAAAAUUUUCUCUUCCCCCUUUCAUCAACUUUAAUUAUUAUGGACCUCUCAACGUUAUAUUCGCAUCGUUUAUUAAAUCGAAAAAUUAAAGUUCAUCCACAAAAAUAUACAGAAAACUAUAUUGAAAAUGUUGAAACUAAUAAAACCAUUUCAAAUACGCGUCCUACAAAUUUUUUAUCCCUAAAUGAACAACAUAAAUCAAGUUAUCUUUCUUAUGAAGAAAUUGUCUUUCCUUCUCGCUCAAGUUCCUUAAAACAAUAUCGGCAAGAGAACAAAAACGUUUCAUCAUGUGAUUCAUUAAAUAAUUCUAUCACUCCAAGGUUGGAAGAGAAUAUUAAUAUUCGUCAACAGCAAAAAGACCUUUCGGAAAGGGUAGCAGUAUCUAAUGAUACGACACCUCCCAAGGUGGCGCAGAAAGACCAGAAGAAAAAUUUGUUUGAAGAAAUAAAGAAGAUUUGCUUUAAAUUAAUGGGAAAGAUUGACGUAUUUAAGAUAAUGACAAGAAAUAGAAUAGUGAAAGAUCAUUGGAAGGAAGAUAAUACGACAAAAUGCUGUAGUUUUUGUAAUCGAAAAUUCACAAUAUUUUUUAGAAAACAUCAUUGUAGAAUAUGUGGCAACAUAUAUUGUUCAUCAUGUUCGUCUGGUAGAACACUUCUUGAUCCAAUUCUUGCAAUUCCAGCACAAUAUGUUGCCGUUACGACUUCAAAUAAAAACGUAAAAUAUAAUCGUAAUUCAGGAGGAUUUGAAUUCGAUGGAUUCGAAUAUAAUUAUCUUGAUUAUGAAGAGUUCGAUCAAGAACAAGAACAAAGACAUUAUGGUCUAGAACAUGAUCAAUACCGGGACUAUCAACAACAACAAAAUCAAAGGCACGAACUUGACUAUGAAUUUGACUACGGAUCACGUCAAGAUUAUGAUUAUGAACAAGAUCAAUAUGAGUCUGAACAAGAAUUUGAUGAAGAAUUUGAUGAAAAUUAUAUAGGUGAUAUGAGUGAAUAUUCUGUUACGAAUUGUUCAGAUUAUAACUCAGAUUCUAGUUCACUUGUCGAUUUAAAUAAUUGUACAUGUGAUAUGAUCUAUAAUGAUGAUGAUUCUUUGACAGUGAAUGAUAAUGACGACAUCAAUUACGUAAGCGAACCUGUACGUGAGAGAAUUUGUAUAAAUUGUCAUAAAAUUUUCGAGUUGGAUGAAAGAGAUUGGCCUCGGUCGUGAUCGUAGGCAUAGUAUCUCCUUAAUAUUAUAUUAAAAAUUAUUUUAAUAUGUGCAAGAAGAAUAUUGUAAAUCAGAACUUUAUCAAUCGAACUUUAUCAAUCGAACUCUAUUAAAUCGAACUUUUUUUUAAAUAUAAAACUAUGUACUGUAUAUAAGUAAAAAAAAAAAUCUAUUCAUCGAAUAGCGAUCAGUAUAUAUAGAUAUAGUGCAAAUUCAAACUUUUUUUUUUUUUUU